AUGGCUGCUAGUGCUGCCGAAACCGGGGAUGAUCCGGACGCGGGGAUCGGGAUAUUCCUAGGCACUCCUGCGGCGGAUACCAAUGAUUCUGGCAAUGCAGCCACGAUUUCGGCAAACCAGGGACGACAAUUUUGGCAAAGCAGCGACGGCGAGGACCCCUUCCGCCGCCUCCCCGACGAGCUCCUCCGCCACGUGCUGUCCUUCCUUCAGCCAGACCACGCCCUGCAGACCUGCGUGCUCGACACCCGGUGGCGCGACCUCUGGAGGCGCGAGACCAGCCUCAACUUAAACUCCUACGAUUACGGGCUGAAGAGCGAGGCGUGGAAGCGCUUCAAAAGGAUCGUUAACCUCGUAAUCAAGGUCCGCGGAAACUCGCCUCUCAAAUGCUGCGUGCUCACUUCAUUUUCCGGCGACAAGGAUGCCGAGCUGUGGGUCAAGUACGCACUGACGUGCCAAGUUAAGUGCCUCAAGGUCAGAUCUGAUUACCUUGGUCUGCCCCUGCGCUAUGAUGACGCGCCUUUCAUCUCCCAGCACUUGAAGAUCCUAAACUUUUUUAAUGCCAAGUUCCAAGGCUCCUCACUUGAUUUCUCCAACUGCCCGGCACUACAUAAUCUAAAGAUGGCUCAUUGUUUCAUCCAUGCAUCUACCAUAUCUUCCGAAUCGCUAAAACAUCUCUGCAUCACUACUUUCUCUAAGUUUCCUCGGGAUUCCCAUGUUCGCAUCGUUGCCCCCAAUCUGAUCACACUGCAACUUGACGGUUUUGAGGGUCUCACCCCCUCCCUUGGGCACAUGCAAUCUCUGAUAGAGGCAUAUGUUGGUCUUUCCUCUGAUUGCGGCGAUUUCUGUAGCAUCAAUGGACAGGGCUGUGAAGAUCAGCAUUGUGCUUGUCAUGCUUAUCCUGCGGGCGAGGGUGUGCUUCUAAAUGGAUUGUCCAGUGCUGUCAGUCUGGAGUUGAUAGGCAACACUAAAACGUUUAUCUACAGAUGGGAUUUAAAAUGGUGCCCCAUAUUUGAAAAAUUAAAGACUCUCUUACUCAAUGAGUGGUUUAGGGCUAUUGAUCUAGUUUGCAUUCUGCAACACUCUCCAAUUCUUGAGAUGCUCACUCUUCAGCUUGGUAACACUGAGAACCUUGUAGGAGCAACAGGGGUAGAAGAAGCAAUGGAACAAUCAUUUGUGUGUGCCCACCUUAAGGUUGUCAACAUUGAAUGUAAAGAGGUUGAUGCGGGAGUUCACAAAAUUUUGACAAUCUUGAGGACAUGUGGCAUACUUCGUGAUCACAUUAGCAUAAAGGCACUUUCCUCACCCUCAUAUUAUUUCAGUUUCCAGAAGGAUAAGGCAUGACGCUGCUUCGUUCUACUGAGGCACCAUGCCCUGCAGCUUCCACCAUUGAUGGCAAUAAUAAAGAUGUGUGGGUCGAAAGGCUAUUUUGUUAGUCUAUAACGCUUGUCGGGUGUCUGCCACUAUCGCUCUUUUUUUUUUUUUUUGAAGGGAACCACUAUCGCUCUGUUUAGUUUCCCUUGAUGGGCCCAGGCUCCCUUGUUUAUUUCCGUACAUGUAUGUAUGGAAUCGGGAGCUUUAAUUUAUUUUCGUGCCAAUUCCUGAA